ACUAACUCCAUAAGUACCAUCGGCUCUCCUCUCCCACAACUUCUCCCACAGCAAAACAUGGCUCAAACGGCGGUGCGUUUCGGCAUUCUUGGCUGCGCCAACAUAGCGCGCCAGCUUUCCCGGGCCAUUGCGCUGUCGUCGAACACCACCCUCUGUGCCGUUGCCAGCCGCUCGGUCGAGAAGGCCGAGAAAUUCGUGGCCGACAACAGUCUUCCCUCGACGGUCAAGAUCUAUGGCGAGUGGGAGGUCCUCGACGACCCGGACAUCGACGCUGUCUACAUCCCCCUGCCGACCACCUUGCACGUGAAGUGGGCGGUGGCAGCCGCCGAGAAGAAGAAGCAUGUGCUGCUGGAGAAGCCAGUCGCACUGGACGUGGCGGAGCUCGACCGGAUCCUCGAGGCCUGCGAAUCAAACGGCGUGCAGUUCAUGGACGGGACGGUGUGGGUGCACCACCCGCGGACGGGGCGGAUGAAGGAGGCGCUCGGGGACGAGAGGUGCUUUGGUCAACUCAAGUUGAUACACAGUGUGCUUGGCUACAAUGCCGGUCCAGACUUUCUAAAGAAUGACAUUAGGGUCAAACCCGACUUGGAUGCUCUUGGAGCCCUAGGAGACAUUGGAUGGUAUUGCAUCAGGUCAAUCCUCUGGGCAGCUGACUAUGAGCUCCCCAAAACGGUGGUGGCCAUGCACAAGCCCGUCUACAACGAUUUAGGAGUGAUUCUGUCUACAGGAGCUUCAUUAUACUGGGAAGAUGGCAAAGUGGCGACUUUUUAUUGCUCCUUCCUGUCGCACAUGACGUUCGACCUCACCGUCCUUGGAACCAAAGGGGCUCUCCGGGUCAACGACCUCGUCAGCCCGUUCCAAGAAAGUUACGGGUCUUUCAGCUUGGUUUCUGAGUCGGAUUUUGCCCACCUGGAGCCCGGCCGGUGGGCCCCCGUGCCGCAGGAGCACCGUGUCGGAUCAGAGGUUCCUCAGGAGGUGCUUAUGGUGAACGAAUUUGCAAAGUCGGUUGCGAAAAUCAGAGGGGAGGGUUUGAAGCCGGAUUGGGAGUGGGCAAAGAUAAGUAGAAUGACUCAGCUGGUGAUGGAUGCAGUGAAGGCCUCCAUGGAGAAGGGUUUCCAGGCUGUCGAGCCAGUUGAAUAUAGCUGAGAUUUCUUCAUUGCCGCUUCUCGAGUGGGGACAAAAAGUACCAUCGACGUCCCCACACCAGUUGCAAUCAGGACUUUGCGAUCUUUGAAUCGAAGUGCGGCGCCAUUGAACCCUGAAGAUCGAAUUGGUUCCGGAUAAUCGCCUGGUUCUGAUUAACAUAUGUAAUUAGCAUACCGUUAAGUAUUGUUUUCAUGUUGUUUAAAUUUGAUUUUGUUGUGUUUUCUUUGUAGGUCAAUGUUUGCUUAAAAAUGUUAGCCAGUGAUAUAUGAACAUAUUUUGCAAUCAAAGUCAACGAGAAAAUUCGGGCUCACUCCAUAUAUCGGGAAUAAAUACGUCAUAUGAUCUACAGACCAUGUAAAUUAAAGCCAUUUGAACAGCUAUUUAUGAGAGCCCAUGAUGAGACUCACAUAAUUAAUGAUUCAGAUUGUACUUAUUUUUCA